AUGAUAGAAGAAGGUGGGUGGAGGAAAGGACCUUGGACUGCUGAGGAAGAUAGAUUGCUCAUUGAGUAUGUCAAAUUUCAUGGUGAAGGAAGAUGGAAUUCUGUUGCUAGGCUUACUGGAUUGAGAAGGAAUGGAAAAAGUUGUAGAUUGAGGUGGGUAAACUACUUAAGACCUGAUCUCAAAAGGGGCCAAAUUACUCCUCAUGAAGAAAGUAUCAUCCUUGACCUUCAUGCUAAGUGGGGCAAUAGGUGGUCCACUAUUGCUCGAAGUUUACCAGGAAGAACAGAUAACGAAAUUAAAAAUUAUUGGCGGACUCAUUUUAAGAAAAAGGAAAAAACAUCACCAAACAAAAGCCCAGAAAAAUCAAAAACACAUCAAUUAAGAAAACAACAAUUUCAACAAGAACAACAACGACAACAACAACAACGAUUUAUGUCCUUAGACAUGAAAAAAAUCAUGUCUCUUCUUUUGGACGACAAUGAAAACAAGUUAACAGCCGUCAAUUCAGUUCCUCAAGUACUGGAAACAUGUAAUGAUUGGAUAAAUAAUCCUAGUACUACUGAUAUAGUAAGUGAUCAAGAACAAGGGGUUUUGAUCUCUUCAUCAUCUGAAGAAGGUUCUAAUAAUGAAAAUGAUGUUCUUGGCUGUUGGGAUAAUAAUGGUGCUAAUUUCUGGAAUUUUGAUGAUUUUCAAUGGAGUAUUUUAUGUGCAAGAUCAGCUGGUGUGCGUGAUUUUAGUGCUGAUAAUUAUCGUUUUGGUCAUGACUUUUGAUUUUUGUUGUUUGUAAUCGAUGAGUUUGUAUUUUAUUUCGGGGUAAGGGUAAGUUUCUAUAAAUGGUAAGAAUAUACGAUGAAUUAAUUAUAUCCUGUAGGUGAUGAGAUCCAACUCUGAUUCGACUAUGAGGAUGAAAGUUUGUAUUAAAGUUUUAUAAACAAGUGUUAUAAAUUAAAUUAGCACCGUUGAUGACCAUGCAAAGAUUAGAUAAUCAAACUUAAUUAUGUUUUCGUAUUAUUUUUUUUUAUUUAAUCAGGAUAAGAUUAUUGUUAGAUAAUUCUCCACAAGUAAGGAGAAGAGGCGAUGAAUUGUUCCUUCUUAUAGAUGUUGAGAAUUGAAUUUUUAUUAUAUAGUUUCAACUUUCAAUUGAUCAUCAAUUGAUAAAAUUGUAAUGAUGAUAUGUAAAAUAGAAUGUUUCUAGCAAAAAUGUGGUACAAGCUUAAUAUAUUUUUAAUAUUUAAGUUUUCAAGUCUUAAGAAUUGGAUCUUGUUUCAGUUGGAUCAAAUACCGUCUUUUUAUAUGAGGUUUUAAAUUUGAAUCUCUUUCAACCAUUUAGUCUAUCCAAUAAUAAAAAAAUUACAAAUCUUGUAUAUAUGCAUUUUUUUGAGCGGGGGAAUGAUUUAGUUAUUAUGCAUGCCUAAUGUUUUGUUGCACAUAAUGAAAGAUUUUAGAUGUCAACUAGCUUGAAAAUAUUAUGUAUUGCAUAGGAAAUUCCCCUCAAAUUGAGAUAAGUAAAGUGAUUCCACAGUAAUUGAGAUAAGACCUAAUUUUAAUAAUAUAA